UAAUAAGACUGGAUCCACCAAUUAACGUGAAGUCGGCCGGUCCCGGUCAGCCUUUAAAAAAGCAGCCGAGUCGAACACACGGCAGAGUCUCCAACGGCUCGAAGAAGGAGGAUGUCUUCCACUGGACUCUGCGCGGUUAUUUUCCUGUGUGCCUUGACAUGUGCUGCAGCUCAGGGAAGCUGUGGCGGCCGGUGUGGCGGCGAGUACUACCGCGGCUCCACCUGCCAGUGUGACUACGACUGCCUGUCGUAUGGAGAGUGCUGCGAGGACUUUGAAUCGCUGUGCACCACGAAGAAGUCGUGUAAAGGACGCUGCGGCGAGAGCUUCAGGAGGGGCCGGCUGUGCAGCUGCGACGCCGACUGCUCCAAGUACCGGCAGUGUUGUUCAGACCACGCGCUGCACUGCGGCGCUCAGGUGGCGCCUGUGAAUGAAUCCAAGGAGCCGUCUUCCUUCUACGAUGAAGAUAUGAACGGCCAGAGCUUCCCCAACGACGAGUUCACUGACUAUGAGGAAGAGGAGGAGCCGGAGGAGAGUCCAGAGAGCCCCGGGGGCCCGGCAGCUGACCCGCUGGACCCCCCCACACCUCACCCCGCCACCGAGAGCCCAGCUGCUGUGGACCAGAACCGCCCUGAUGAGCCAGAGGUCACGACCCCAUCAGAAACGGCCUCUACCGGACCCACAGAGACCUCCUCUACUGGACCCACAAAGACCUCUACCGGACCCACAGAGACCUCUACUGGACCCACAGAGACCUCCUCUACUGGACCCACAGAGACCUCUACUGGACCCACAGAGACCUCUACCGGACCCACAGAGACCUCUACUGGACCCACAGAGACCUCUACCGGAUCCACAGAGACCUCUACUGGACCCACAGAGACCUCUACCGGACCCACAGAGACCUCCUCUACUGGACCCACAGAGACCUCUACUGGACCCACAGAGACCUCCUCUACUGGACCCACAGAGACCUCCUCUACUGGACCCACAGAGACCUCUACUGGACCCACAGAGACCUCCUCUACUGGACCCACAGAGACCUCCUCUACUGGACCCACAGAGACCUCCUCUACUGGACCCACAGAGACCUCCUCUACUGGACCCACAGAGACCUCUACUGGACCCACAGAGACCUCCUCUACUGGACCCACAGAGACCUCUACUGGACCCCCAGAGACCUCCUCUACUGGACCCACAGAGACCUCUACUGGACCCACAGAGACCUCCUCUUCUGGACCCACAGAGACCUCUACUGGACCCACAGAGACCUCCUCUACUGGACCCACAGAGACCUCCUCUACUGGACCCACAGAGACCUCCUCUUCUGGACCCACAGAGACCUCUACUGGACCCACAGAGACCUCCUCUACUGGACCCACAGAGACCUCCUCUUCUGGACCCACAGAGACCUCCUCUUCUGGACCCACAGAGACCUCUACUGGACCCACAGAGACCUCCUCCACCAUCCUCGCCUCAGUGCUGGACCCGACCGGCGCCCCUGAGGGAACCACUUCAAGCGAUGGUACCGUCACCACGGGCCCUCCUCCGGCUGACCUUGAAGACCCUCCAGAGGGGACCGGGCCAGAACUCGAUGCCCCGACGACCCACAACCCCUCUUCCACAGAACCAGCGCGACUCGACACCACAGAGGAGGAAGUCACACAUGUCACCCCAGAACCAACCCAACCCGCACCACCCCGAGUCCAGGACCAACCGGACCCAUACAGACCGGCUCCGGUUAGACCCAGUCUGGUGAGACCGGCUCCAGUCAGACCGGCUCCGGUUCGGCCCAGCUCCAAGCCUCAGACGAAGCCGCUCGGCGCUGGAGGGUACCAGGCAGACGACAGCUACGACAGCGACCUGUGCAGCGGGCGGCCGGUCGGCGCCGUCACCACGCUGAGGAACGGCACCAUGGUGGUUUUCAGAGGCCACUACUUCUGGCUCCUGGACCAGCACCGGGUCCCCGGCCCGGCCCGGCCCAUCACUCAGGCGUGGGGCGUCCCGUCCCCCAUCGACACGGCCUUCACCCGCUGCAACUGCCAAGGAAAGACCUACAUCUUCAAGGGUUCCCAGUACUGGAGGUUUGAAAACAGCGUGCUGGAUGGAAACUACCCGAAGGUCAUCCAGGUCGGCUUCGGUGGCCUUCGAGGUCAAAUCACCGCCGCUCUGUCCGUACCUCAGUUCCAGAGGAGGAGAGAGGCGGUCUACUUCUUCAAGAGAGGUGGAUCGGUGCAGAAAUAUUCAUACCAGUUUGGCACGAGUCCAACGUGCGGCAGGAAAACCCAACACGCCGUUUACACUCGCACGGCUCGCCACGCCGUGUCUUUCCUCCAGCCGGCGGUGAGCAUCAGGACCUCGUGGAGAGGCUUCCCGUCCUCCAUCACGGCCGCCGCCUCCGUGCCGAGCGCCUCGACUGCAGACGGAUACAAAUACUACGUCUUCUCCAGAUCUCAAUCCUUCAGCGUGAGGAUGGACUCGGGGCGGCCCGCCGUCCCCAAAGCCAAAAACAACGCAGCGCCGCGCAGCCGCGACUUCUUCAAGUGCUCAGCCAGGGCGUGACGAAGAGGGCGUGACGAAGACAUAAAGAGGGAGUGAUGAUGAAGAGGGCGUGAGGAAGAGGGAGUGAGGAAGGAAAUAAAACAUUUUGUCUUACAGCU